UAGCAUAUAGAGUGAUCUCACAUUACUUUUCGAACGUUUAUUAGCCAUGAGCGGUCUUGGAUUCCUCUAGAACCUAAAAUUAACAAGAUGUCAGGAAGUAUUAGUACCGCUACACCUACUACGGACAGCCGAGACAGCGUGAGGCCUACGUCUACGGACAGCCGAGUUGGCGCGAUGCAUAUCCCGCGAACACCUCGAAUGCGUCAACGACAACGAUUCGAUCUAAGUACGUGGCCAGAAGAAGAUGAAAUCGAUGGAUUGGAGGAAUUAGUAGCCCAAACAUGGAACAUUUAUGCAGUCUCUACUCUGUUUGACAUUGAACAAGAUGAUGUUCACUUCAAAAUGUAUUCAAAGAAAUUGAGAGAAGAGAUUGCAAACACUUUGUCACAUGAAAAUGUAACUUAUGACGUAAAAUUUUCUAUUAUGGAAAAUAUUGCAUCUAAACCAAACAGUGAGGAUCCAAUAAUCAAGAUUGAAGUUAUAUCUAAAAUCAAUAGUAAUGAAAACGGUAUUGAAAAAUCCAUUUAUAAAGGAAUAUUAUUAUCCUGGAGUUUUACACAGACUAAAUUAAAUAUUCAAAAUGCUAUAAGAUUACCUCUUUUACUGUGUCGUGGCACUAGUAGCUGUAUGAACGCAGUGCAUACUAUCAUCGGUCGUAUGUUUGACUGCUUGAUAGUUACAUUACCAGCUAAUGAGGAUGAUUUACGUUGGCUGGUUCCAAUUAUAAUUACAGCUACUAACAAAGAUGAGUCAAUAGUUUUUGGUGAAGUACAAAUGGAAUACACAGUGCCAGGAUUACCAGUUACAGAUGUCAUUAAAGUUAAAUUUCAUAGUUCAAACUUGAAAGAGAUAUUAUCAGUCAUUGCUGAAGAUCAAGAUGAUAGAGUUAAUGUAUUUCUUGAUUAUGAGCACAUAAAAAUGUUUCAUGAAGUUUUACAUAAGCAAAUGUUAAUGAUAGGAGGUUUGCAUUUAGGAUUUUGUACAUUGCACAGGAUUAAUUUACCUGGAGUAACAGUAAUGGAGAAUAGAAUGAAGGUGACAAAUGUAGACAUUAUGAAUAAUAUAUUGUUAUAUUUUAGUGACAAAGCUUUUGAUAUAUUUCAUACAGUGCAUAUUGAUAUAUGA